AUGGGAAGUUGGCAGGAUGUAGCAGACAUUAAAUCGCAGCUACUCGCUUGUAAGGAGAAGGCCGAGGAUGCAGGAGAGAUUAGCAUUGUUCGAGUCAAUGACUAUAAGCCAGAAGCCUUGGAUAUCCUUGCUCAGUGCAUUCCAGGGUUUCCGACGUAUAUGGUGGAAAAUGUUGCUUAUAAUGCAACAUCCGGUCAGAAUCUGGCCAUAAUCCCCGGUGAUGAUCGGACCUCGGGUGAUCUAAGGUUCUUGCUGACCUAUCCAUUUGUCGAUACAAGCGUAGCCAAUUCUGGAUCAAACAAAGCUGCAGCCAUAAGUGUCCUUCCGAUCGCGAUUUGGAUCUGUCCUUCUUCAAUCCUUGGACCGGCAACAGGUCAAGUCGGCGCAAACGCUCGGAAGAUGAUUUUCGUCAUCGGUACAAGUCCAAGAUUACAAAUGCGACUUGCAACGUACUACAGCAAGUCACAUACGGCGCGAUUGCACCGCCUGAGGGUCGAGCCUCUGUGGGUUAUCGUGGAUUUGCUCCACGUCUUCGCCGAAUGGGGCCCUGUCUGGAAUCACGCUCGUCGCGAACUUGUAAUGUGUCAUUCGCAGAUUCACAACUACCCAGAUACGCCUCCUUUGUUGGAGCUGACUAGAAGAAUGCACGGCAAUACUUCAAAGGUCAUAUCCUUGCGCGAGCAACUGCGCAUCCAUUCCAGCGCCCUGGCUCGGUCGACUCGUCUGGUCCAAUCUUCUGGUUCGCAUUCUUCCAAGGAUGAUCUUCUAGACCACAUACAGGGAGUCAUGGAGGAUAUCACCUACCAAGAGGAAGAAGACUUUGCAGAAUCCUUCAGGGCCUUGCCAUCCAAUGCUGCAAUAUAUCAUGGGGGCGUGCCGCUACGAAGGCGCCGGGCAAGGUUCCCAUUUCGAAUCCCCGCUAGGUCCCCGGCUGAAAGCAAUGUCUCGAUUCAGUCGCACACUGUUUGA